AUGUCGAGUCGACAUGCGUGUUUCUAUCACGUUCCUCCUCAGGAGCUGCACCUGAGGAACCAGAUAACAGAUGCUACCCAGACUAAAGUAUUGCACACAGUCAUCAACAUGAAGGACACUAAGUUCGUCUCUCUGGAGCGUAAUAUUAGAGAUUUGGAGGAUGAGAUUCAGACUCUAAAGACUAAUGGGCUUUUACAAACUGACGGCCAUGGAGAAGAGUUCAAGAACCACUCAAAGUUCAUGAAGAACAAGAUUGAUGUACUUAAACAGGAAGUAGUAAAGAAAGAGUCUGAAUCAAUGGCACUGCAGGCCAAACUUGACACACUGACCAAUCAGAAUUCAGACUGCAAGCAGCACAUCAACAUCCUGAAGGAAUCACUCACAGCUAAAGAACACAGAGCCAAUAUACUUCAGACUGAGGUGGAUGCUCUAUGUGUGCGUCUGGAGGAGAGAGAGUUAUUCCUCAACAAGAAUAUUAAACAGAUUCAGGAUCUGAUAGAGGAGAAGAGAACUCUGAAUGGUGAGGUAUGUGACCUGAAGGACAUGCUGGAAGUCAAAGAAAAGAAGAUCAACGUCCUGCAGAAAAAGGUUGAAAACCUUCAGGAGCAGUUAAAGGACAUGGACAAACAACUGGAAGGUCUAGAUAACAAAAUGACAUCUCUGCAAGCUGACUCAAGCAAUACGGACACAGCUCUCAUCACACUGGAAGAGGCUUUGUCUGAGAAGAUUGAAGAGGUGGAGGUGUAUAAGAAUGAAAAUAAGAAGCUAAAAAUCAAGCUUGCCUCCCUACAGACACGUAUCUCAGACAAAGAGGUGCAUGAAGAUGAAGACACUCGUCUGAACGCUGAGCUCUCAGAGCAGGCUCACCAGACAGAAGCUGACCUUCAUAAAGAGGAAUCAGAGAAGUCUAAGAUUGAGCUACAGAGGCUUCUGGGUCUUCUGCAGAACAUGCAGUCUGAGCGUCUGGACCAGGACAAGAGAAUCCUUGAGCUGGAGAGAAACGUCAAGGAGCAGAACCAGAAGCAGUCUGUGAAUCCUGGCCAGCUUGGAGAAAUGAGUCCAAAUGUUCCCAGACAGUGGCACUUCCAGUUUCAGAGUUCAUAA